AUGAGUAGUCCGUCCUCAGCCAAUGAGAGCUGCAGCUCCGUUGGGAGCGGCUGCACCACCUCCGACCUGUCCUCAACUACAGGACACUUAGUUCCGCCCCCUUUGCCCCCGCCACCCCCGCCUCCGGCCGCUCCCCCUCCGCCAGCCCAGGUUAGCACCUCCGGCAAGAAAAAGCGCCGGGUGCGGAGCUUCUUCUGGAAGCCCAUCCCGGAGGAAAAGGUUCGCGGGAAGCCCAACAUUUGGACUAUGUCGGUGCGGCAGCAGCAAUAUCAGAUCGACGUCCGGUCUGUAGAGGAGCUGUUUGGUCAGCAGGAGGAGGCAGUGGUUGGCGGACGGGGGGUGGCAGCAACUGCCGGGAUAGCGACCCGUGUCUCCCGAUCCCGGUCUUUCAAGGAGAGCAGCAGAGAAGAGAUCAGCAUCCUGGACUCCAAGAGAGGAAUGAAUGUGGGCAUUUUCCUCAAGCAGUUCAAAAAGUCCAACCGCUCCAUUGUUGAGGACAUACGGCGAGGAGACGGUAAGCUCUACGGCGCCGAGCUGCUCAAAGACUUGCUGAAGCUGCUGCCCGACGCCGACGAGAUCAAGAAGCUGCAGGCGUUCAAAGGCGACCCGGACAAGCUGACGCUGGUCGACUCCUUUAUGUACCUCCUCAUUCAGGUGCCACGGUUGGAGGUUCGCAUCGAGGCCAUGGUCCUGAGCGAGGAGUUCGUCCCCUCCUGCGCUGUGAUGAGUCAUGAGAUCCGUGUCGUGCGCCUCGCCACUCAAGAGCUGAUGAGCUGCGAGGAGCUUCACGCCAUCUUGCAUCUGGUGCUGCAGGCGGGGAACAUCAUGAACGCGGGAGGAUACGCCGGCAACGCUGUGGGCUUCAAGCUGUCGUCUCUCCUCUCAUUGGCCGACACCAAAGCCAACAAGCCGGGGAUGAACCUGCUGCACUUUGUCGCCAUGGAGGCAAAGAAAAAAGACGAGAAGCUGCUAAAGUUUCCAGAAAAACUUGUGGACGUCCAGAGUGCCGCCAGAAUCUCCGUAGAGAACAUCGAGUUGGAGUUCUCCUCCUUAUACGUUGGCAUCAAAACCCUGGAGGAGAAGGUGCAAGGAGACCCAGAGUUGCUGCAGGAGUUGGAUCCCUUCCUGCAGAGUUCGGCGCAGACCCUCCAGGACCUGAAGCGGCGGCGCCUGGACCUGCGCAAGGAAGGGAACGCGUUGAUCGAUUUCUUCUGCGAAGACAAGGACACGUUCAAGCUGGACGAAUGCUUCCGCAUCUUUCAAGACUUCUGCAUCAAGUUCAGGAAGGCCGUCAAGGACAACGCAGACCGUGAGCUAAAGGAGGCGACGAGGCAGCGUCGCCUGAAGGAGUUGGAGGAAAAGCGCUAUGCGUGGUCGGGAGAGGGCCACAACAGCGUAUUCGGUCGGAGCAGCAGCGAGAACGACGUGGAUAUGCUCACCAAAGAAGGCCUUAUGGACUUCUUCCAGCAGAGGUCCAAGAGUCCACACAGUCCGCUGGGACGUUCGUCCAGCGCUCGGCGCCACCGCCACACCAUGACUUCCAUCGCCGACCGUGAACUCCAAGGAUACCUCGAGCUGUUCGGAGGCUCUGCCGACUAUUCCAAAUUUAGCAGCCUACCUCGGUCCGGCCGCACCCCCCAGCGGAAGACAACCCCUUGGAUUUUAGGCCAAGGCGACGACCGAGAGCUGGACUACAACCGAGAACUGACGUCUUCACGUGCAAACACAGACCCUCUGAGUCCACUGGCCAGGUUUUCCUCUUCCGGGCUAAACGCUGAUGAGGACCGAUACAACAACAAUAGCUACUGUGUGUCGGAGGGCAGCAUUCCGCCUGCUACGCUUGCCGACUUUCCCAAUCCGCCCAUUAGUGGCCACAUGAACGUGAGCGUCGAGAAACAUACUUUAGUUCCAGGUCCUCAAGCUUUUCACCUCCCCAGUCCAAACAAUAACAACAAUCACAUGCAUUUUGUCAAUGUUGAGGUCACUGAUCUGGAAAAAGAUGAGCGUCUUCCUUCUGGCGGCCUGGUUCUGGAUAAAUGUCCAGGAGGUUCAGAAGGGGUAGAACCCAAGGGAGAGUUGAGAGAGGUGGAUUGCAAUCAAGAAGAGAACAGCACCGUUUCAUCCACAACCUGUGACACCCCUCUACCGUUAGACACCCCUUUGUCCAAUAGAAAGCCGCCGUUUAACAUCCUCGACUGCACGGAAGCAGACUGCUCCGUCACGCUGGAUUACUCUGAGGUUGAAAGCUCAUCGCUCUCAAAAGAAGGACUUCAAGUCAGAAUGGAGGACUGCUGCGAAGACCAGGAGAACCCUCACCAUCAGAGUUCUUUGGUUUCACACAAUGAGCUGUCUGUGCCACGGUCUGUGGACGCCGCCUCCGCGACGCCGCCCGAGUGGGAAACCGAAAGCAGUGACACCGCCGUAGCAAAGCAAGGCAGGAUGAAAGACCCUCAGGUAGGCGGCAGGAAACCGAUGCGUACAAACAGCAAAGGCAGAAAGUGUGCCAGCGGUUCUGGUGUGCGAACCUUGACGAGUAGCGAGAGCCAGGGCCUUCGGAAAGUGGUGCCCAUCAGCAGGCUAACCAGGACCGGCAGCAGAAAGCAAGCAGACGGUGAAGAGUUGCGCCGGCCUCUCCGCGAACAAAGCACGCCUCCGAGAGGACGGAGCGAGAAGACCGCCAGACCUCACCGACACUCCAGUCUGCCUCCUGAUGAGUCGAAAUCUCAGAAGGGGGGCGGCCUAGCCGGCAGCAUCUCCAGAUGUCCGUGCGAUCCUAUCCAGAGGAAAACCUCGGUCAGCAAGCCUAGCGCCAAGCCCCUUAGAAACAUCCAGAAGCCUGCACAUGAGGAGAAGAUGUGCCGCUCCACCAUGAGGGCCCUGGCGCAGGCUCAAGUCCAGGGCGGUGCUUCCUCGGAAAACAGCAGCUCUCAGGCGCCGGCUCCCAAGACAUCACCCGAGAUCCCGAGCUUCGCGCGGAACACCGUGGCGUCGUCUUCCAGGACCAAAAAGGACCCGGGCGCCCAGUCGGUCCCUUCCACCCCUUCUCACGUCCCCUCCCUCCUGAAUCGGCCAGCCUCUGUCAGGCAGACCAGGUUAGGCCAGACGGCUCAUAGCAGCGAGGAGCGGUCCCAAGGGACAACCCUGCGGCGGGUCAACAGUGUCAGGGCGGCGAGUCGCAGCAGCCACCGCAGCCAGACUCCGCCUCCUGCACGAGAGAACACUAGCUUUUCGGACAAGUCUCGAGACGUAGUGACACCCAGCAGGAGUUCGAAGCCCAGCUGGAAGUAACACAAAAGAAGUUCUGUCCCGUAAAAAGACAGCAAUGAGAGCUAUCUCCGGGUCCUAAGAGGAUCCUCUAGUAGUUGACUUCAGGACUGUGAAUUCUGUGUCUCUGUAUUCAGUGAAGCUAUGCUGUGUCAAAGUCUUUAACCAAAUCGACAAAUGGCGAGUCGGUGAUUAGCACCGGAUCUUUUGCCUGCUUAGUCGUUCAACUGGAGGAUUUCCACCGCAGGAAUUUGCAAGCGGUAUUAGAGGCUGUCACUUGGGACGCUUACACGACGUUAGCCUUUGAAGACGCAAACGCAUUGAAAAACAAAACCAAUAUUGUUUCCAUCUAAACCUUGGUAACGGUCGACCGGUAUACAGUUUAACGUCGUACGACAAUAACAUUUCUGACAGCUAUUUCCUAUUUCAAUGAUGCUAAUUAUCGUAUUGACCGCGCUACGUCAUUUAUUGUGCUAUCACGAAAAACACGGCAACUAAAUUUGUAACGAAUACGAUUUUAGCACAACUCAGUAGAGCUUUUCGGUGUCUACGUGAAAGUGUUCAGUAACAACACGGUGGUCUGGGAAAAUGGAGUUUCCGAUUUACCGACAAACUAAAAUAUUGAUAUGGCAAUAUAUCGCAAACUUUUUGUGACGAUACUAAAACG